AAUUGUUGUUCAUGUUCUUUUUUUGCUUAGCAGGUUCAUGUUCAUUUUGGUCAAUGCUCCAUGUAACUAUAUGACAGAAUGCUCGUAUAAGGAGGGGGCGAGAAAAGUGUCACAACCAUGAAAGCCCAGCCACUGAUGAUGAUGACCACAAGACCUACUGGUAAUCCUCAUCUCUUCUUCACCCUUUUCGGAAACCAAUUUCAUUCUAAAAAUAAUUAUUCUGUCACUAACAAUGAUCAACAACGAAGAUUGGAUAAUUUGAUUCAAGCCAGAUGUAAAUCUGGGAACCUUAAAGUGAAAGAGGCUUUGGGUUUUUUUGAUUCUCUUACGAAGAUGCGUCCUUUAUCUUCCAUUUGGGCAUUCAAUCAUUUAAUUGGGGCUCUCUCCAAGAUGAACCACUUUUCCACUGUUGUAUCUAUGUACAAACAGAUAAUGGGUUGUGCUGGUUUUCGACCUGAGGCGGGUACCUUGAGGAUUGUGAUCAAAUGUUUGUGUCGCUUGAAAAAAGCUGACUUGGGUUUCUCUGUUUUGGCAACUUUCUAUAAGCAUGGCCUUGGACUUGAUGCUCUUACUCUGAACACUCUCCUGCACGGCCUCUGCGCUCAAGGCUCCAUGGUUGCAGCAAUGGAGUUGUUCCAGGAAAUUGUAGAGAAGAAACACCCACGUGAUGAAAUCACUUAUGGGACUGUCAUUAAUGGGUUGUGCAAGGUUGGGAAGACAAAGAAGGCACUUGAGUUACUCAAGAGAAUGUAUGAUGGUGAUGAUGAUAAGAGCAUUCAACCUUCUGUGGACUGUUUUAAUCCAAUCCUUGAUGGCCUUUGUAAAGAAGAACGAGUGGAUGAGGCCUUGAGCUUGUUUCGAGACAUGAUCAACCAUGGUGUGCUGCCGGAUGUCAUCACUUACAAUUGUUUGAUUCACGGAUUGCGAAAAUCGGGUCUAUGGGGAGAAGCCAAGACACUUCUAAUUGACAUGAGUGAUCGUGGGAUUUCAUUUGAUUUACACACUUAUAGCGCUCUAAUGGAUUCUCUAUGCAAGGAAGGAAGAACUCAAGAAGCAUUUUUGUUACUUGAUUUGAUGACUAGAGAAGGCUUUGAACCUAAUGUUGUCACAAUCAACCCUCUAAUCUCUGUUUUGUGCAAGUCUGAUCGAUUAGACGAAGCAGAUCAACUCAUAGAUUAUAUGACCAAUCGUGGAUUAUCUCCUGAUAUUUUUACUUAUAAUAUCGUUUUAGAUACUAUGUGCAGGAAAGGAAGUACCAAAGAAGCACUUGAUGUCUUGGAAUUAAUGAUUGAUAGAGGAGUGUUGCCUAAUAUUAUCACCUACAAUUCAUUAAUCUAUGGAUUUUGCCAUUCAGGCCAAUGGAAGGAAGCCAUAAAGUUAUUUGAUGAGAUGAAGGAUCAAAAUAUCUCACCAGAUGUGAUAUCAUUUGGUAUCCUUGUAGAUGCACUUUGUAAGGAGAGAAGGAUGGAAGAGGCUAUUCAGAUGUUUGAUCUAAUGACCCAAAGAGAUAUAAAGCCAAACAUUGUCACUUACACCUCUCUGCUUAAUGGGUUGUGUUUGGUAGGUCAAUUGGAAACGGCCAAGAAUUUGUUUGAAUAUAUGGUGAGCCAAAACGUUUAUCCUCAUAUUAUUACACUUAAUGUGCUUAUAGAUGCUUAUUCUAAAAAAGGAUGGAUGGACAAGGCACACAAAUUAUUUGAUCGAAUUAUUGAACUUGGUGGAGAGCCUGAUCAGUUCACUUACAAUAUAUUAAUAAAAGGACAUUGUAUGAAACGUGAAGUGGAUCAAGCGAAGAAGAUCCUUGAAGAAAUGACAUCAAAGGGUGUUCUACCCGAUAUGAUUUCUUACAACACAUUGGUUAAAAGCUACAUUAAGGCUGAAAAAAUAGAUGUUGCUCUUGCGCUACUUUAUGAUAUGAUUCAAAAGGGCCUGGUGCCUGAUCAUGUGACACAAAAUAUAUCUAAUGCAAUUCUUUCUCCAAGUCCGUGAGUCAUUCCUAUGACUUAACUCCUCACGAUGUCAAUUAGUGAACCUGUUUUAAUGUGAUAAACUGUUUAUAUGUUUCUACA